AUGGUGCUGCUGAGCCCGACGAUCGGUGGUCUUAGGAAACUGGUUAACGUAUGUGAAAGGUACGCGGCUAAACAUGGCCUCAAAUAUAAUGUUUCAAAAAGUGAGCUCAUGAUAUUUAAAGCUGGUACAAAGUCACCCGAGCAGGUCCCUCCCGUUACUCUGAACGGAAUACCGAUGAAUGUGGUCACUAGCUUUAAAUAUCUUGGUCACAUGGUCACGGAACACCUACGUGAUGACGAGGACAUGGAUAGAGAGCGUAGGGCGCUGUCGAUCAGAGGCAAUAUGAUAGCUCACAGGUUCAAGCGUUGUGCGGCGAGUGUUAAAAUAACUCUCUUUCGAGCGCACUGUACGUCAUUUUACACUUGCAGCCUGUGGGCUCGUUAUACGCAGCGCUCGUUGAGUGCACUACGAGUUCAGUACAAUAACGCGUUCAGGGCGUUGUUGGGGCUGCCGCGCUGGUGCAGUGCGUCGGGCAUGUUCGCGGACGCGCACGUGGACGGUUUCCACGCCGUGCUCCGCAAGCGGUAUGCCGCGGCGCUCUGCAGGCUGCGCGCCAGCACCAACACCAUCCUGGCCGUUAUAGCGGAUAGGCUGGACUCUUGUUACGUCCAACACUGGGUCAGAGCCCAUGCCAUAAAAUAG